GGAGCUCUCCAUCCCGCGAGAAAACGCGUUUAGCCGUAACCGGCCAGGGUCGCUGGCUGGUCCGUUUCCACAGACUUCACACGGCUGCCUGGGUGGCACUGCACGGAAACCCGAUCUUUCCACUUUUUGUUUAGACGUUGGUAUUUGCCAGUCUAAUUGGCUGUACGUAAUUUUUUUUACCAUUCUGGAUAUGCUUCUUCGAUCCUACUUGUGCAUUUUUUCCUGGGUAGGGCAGGAACCCAGGCGGGGGUGUGUUGGGGGCGUGGCGGCCCAGUGCGCCUGCGCCUCUCUCUGCCCACCUCUCCCGUGGCCAUCCGCCAUCUUUCUUCCUGGCAGAGGCCUCGUCGCCCACUACGCAGGCGCGGGCGCUCUCCUUAGAGAAGGCGCAGGCACUGACCGCAGUGUGUGGCCUGGCGUCCUUUUCCUAGGUCCGCGUGCCAUGGCCGCCCUGCUGCUCAGGACCGUGCUGGCUGCCGUCGCACAGCGCUCGCGACACCUGCGCGCCUGCCCGGGGACGCCCCGCGCCCUCUUCUCGGGGCUGGCUGGGGCCCCCGGGGGCGCCGGGCCCCGCGCCCCGCUGCUCCUCCGCAGCCUGCGGCCACCGCCGCCGCCCGCGCUGGGCUUCAAGUCCAAGGCGGUGCUUAGAAAGCGGUGUCGGGACUGCUACCUGGUGAAGCGGAACGGGCGCUGGUACGUCCUCUGCAAGACCAACCCCAAGCACAAGCAGCGGCAGAUGGUGUAGACUGCGCCACCCAGAGAACAUUCUCGGCCGUAUCGAAGCAAAGUACAGCUUGGGGGCUCUGCUGUAUCGCGCCUGCUGGUCGUGGGCUCUGCUGAGUUAGCUCCCGGCCUUCCUUUCAGUGCUUUUUACCAACCCAGAUCUGGACAGGACAUGCCAGACCCCGCCGGGAAGGGCUUUCUGUACCUUGCGCGCCCUGUUUGUCCUGGGCAAAGCUGGUUCAUGCUGCAUCUCAGCACAGGCUCCCCAGCAGAGCGGAGUCCACAGCCCCUUACCUGAUGUGCGUGAGAACACCUCGUCCCUGCCUUCCCUCUGAGGACAAGGGUGAAAGACAAGCACAACAACCUGUAACUCAUAGGAAACGCAUUCGUUUAUGAAUAAAUGCAUUUUGGUUAGCA